AUGCUCGCUAUCACCCGUCAUGCCGCGUAUGCGGCGAUUGUUCUGGCACUAAUUCUGCCCAGCGCCCUUGCCACCUUGACCACAACAAAGGCCACUCCAGCUACGCAGACGCUGAGGCAACCCAACUUUCCCGGGAAUCCGUACGGUAUGUAUCGUCCUCGUGACUGUGUGGCAAAUUCGAGCUACACCUGCGCAGAGACAUGCUCUUGGAGAGGAGACCGGAGAGGUAUCCACCCCGAUGCUGCCUGGUUGCGAUGCACCAUCUACACAGAUCAGGUGAAAUGGCCAAGAAAAGCCACCAUCUGUGAGGACUACAGAGAGUGCUUCGCCAAGAGUCCCUCCUGCAGUCGAAUAACACCCAGGUGCAUGAGGUUGACAAUCUGCGAAUUCCACUUUUUCGCUCCGAUGUGCUCUUCCACUUCGGUGUAUCAGUGGCUGCCGACACGGAGUCAGACAUGGAAGGGGUUUGGGAAGGGUGCCACGACCGCUUCGAUUGAUAGAUUUGGGGGUGACCUUGUGGGCACUGAUGGUGGUAAUGGUGGUGUGUCUCGGAGCGUGGUUCUGAGUGCUGGAUAUCAGAGCUUCAAGACGUCUACGACUGCGUCCACUACAUCCACGGGGAGGAAGAGCGGCCCACCAGGGAUCGGUGUAGCUAAGGAGACAUUGCUGCAGGGUGCUCAACCGUUGUGGGACCCGAAUACCAGGAGGCAAGAUGUCUAUGCAAUUUAUUACGACAACUGUUCUCGCCUACCGACCUCGGGAGCAGCAGAUUCUUAG